GUUGAAGGGAAAUUUGGAGUAAUGGGAGCAACCUGGAUUCUCAUUAUUACUAUACUAAACAUUACAGCUCUGAGCAACGGUAAAACCACAGUUAUGAUGGGUGUAGAGGGUCGGAGUUUAAGCCUCAGAUGUGAGUACCCAGACAGCCUGCGGAGCAAUGCCAAGUACUUUUGCCGAAUCGACAACACAGUGUUCUGCCAGCAACUGAUAAAGACAGCCAAACACGACCAGCGGGUGAGAGAUGGACGGUUCUCUCUGUUCGACAACAGUACUGGAAGGGUCUUUAUCGUCACAAUGGACAGACUAACCCUUGGGGACAGUGGGUUUUACAAUUGUGGUGUGGAUAUCUCCUUAGGACGUGAUCACUUGAGUGAAAUGCAGCUGAUUAUAUCCCCAGCACCGACAACAGCAAUCCCUGAAGAGGACCUCAUGCAUAAGACAACAACAACCUUUCCAGAGGGCCUCAUCUACAGCAAGUCUCACCUGCCCCUGGUUCUCGCUGCAGUCACAUGUGUGGCAGCACUGAUAUUUGUGUGUGUAUUUACACUGUCUCUGCAGCUGGCUGUUAAUAACCACAAUUCAAGCACCUACCAAAAUAGCCAGAUAUCAUCUGAUUAUGAGACAAUGGUCACUGCAGGAAGAACUAGACCAGAGCUCCUCUGUGGUGGUGUGUCCUCAGAUUACACAAACACAGCAGCAUCACUGCCAGCGUCACCUGAACUCUACGUCCCAGUCAACCCAGACCACAGGAUGUCUGCUGUCUCCCUGGGCAUCUAUGAGUAUGUUGCUGUGGAUGUACCAGGGCAGACCUGCUUGUACCAACAACUGGAUAUCAGCCUGCUAGAGGAGCACAUCUACCACAACUUCCUUCCAAACACCAGCCUCAAAUAGAUCUGUGGGAACAGGGGCGAAAAUCCCAUUUCAUUAUUGGGGGGGACAAUAAACAGCAAAAUUUUAGAGAGUAACUGCUGGGGGGGACAUGAACAAGUUGCUGUCUGGCAUGACUGUACA